GUGCUGCGCUCACGCUAGCAUAGGCACUUUCUGCAGGGAGGGCUGUUGCUUAAGGGACUUAUAGACCUUAUUUACGCCAUUUUCUUGAGGUGUCAGUGCAUCGGUAAAAAGAUUCUGAGCGUCGCGGGAUAGACUGACCUCGGCCGAGCGCCAGGCAGGGCCUUGCUCCUCACACCUCAAGAGUCUGCCUGCUGGCCAUCAAGAACCCGAGCGACGACUCUCUGCAGGAGAAGGCCUGGGAUGCCGUGGUGCCUCUGGUGGGGAAGCUGAAGAAGUUCUACGAGUUCUCGCAAAGAUUAGAGGCGGCGCUCCAUAGCCUGCUGCGGGCGCUGACCAGCGAGACGUACGAUGACCCCACGCAGCACCUGGAGCGCGAGCAGGCCCUGGCCAAGCAGUUCGCCGAGAUCCUGCACUUCACGCUGCGCUUCGACGAGCUCAAGAUGACUAAUCCUGCCAUCCAGAACGACUUCAGCUACUACAGGAGAACCCUCAACCGCAUGAGGAUCAACAAUGUCCCCGCCGACGGCGAAAAUGAAGUCAACAACGAGCUGGCCAAUCGCAUCUCUCUAUUCUACGCCGACGCCACGCCCAUGCUGAAGACGUUAAGCGACGGCACCACUAAGUUCGUCUCGGAGAACAAGAACCUGCCGAUCGAGAACACCACAGACGUCCUGAGUACGAUGGCCAGCGUCUGCAAAGUCAUGCUGGAGACGCCAGAGUACCGCAGCCGCUUCACCAGCGAGGACACGGUGUCCUUCUGCCUGCGGGUGAUGGUGGGCGUCAUCAUCCUGUACGACUACGUCCAUCCCGUGGGGGCCUUCGCCAAGUCCUCCAAGAUCGACAUGAAGGGAUGCAUCAAGGUUCUUCGUGACCAGCCUCCAAACAGUGUAGAAGGCCUUCUUAAUGCUCUCAGGUACACCACGAAGCAUCUGAGCGACGAGUCCACCAACAAGGCCAUUAAAGCCAUGCUGCAGUGAGCCAUGCGCUCCUCUGGGAUCCUCCUCUCCUCUGCCCCCCCUCCCGCCUCCUCCUCCUCUCCUCGCUCUGGGACACGACGCCGCCGCCGCCUCCUCCUCCUCCUCCUCCUCCUCCUCAGCCUCCUCCUCGACCACUCCCGUACUCCCGUACCUGCUCUAUCCCAUCACAGCGAUGCACAGAAUGUUUUUAUAUGAAAAUAUUACAAAAAUAACGACAGAGGGAGGGAGAGAGAGAAAGAGAAAGAAAGAGAGGGAAAGAGAAAAACAAAGGUGAAAGAACAACAAGAAAAAGGCUUUGGUGUCUUUCCCUCCCCUCGUUUUGUCUUUUUACAAAAAAAAAAUAAAAGUGAAUGCUACUGCCGUUACCGGACGUCUUUUCUGUGCCAAAACUGCGUCGCUUCAACUCGCUUUUACAAGUCUCUCUGGAAAGGCCAUGCUCCAAAAUGGCAGCUAUGGAAGCAUUUGUCGUUACUUCUCAUUCUUUUGUCACUCUACUUUUUAAUUGAGCUUUUUGUUUUUGUCCUGUGUGAGGGAGGGGGGGGGAAAGUUUUGACUUGAAAUUUCAAAAGAGAGAGAUAUACAUAGAGAAAUAUAUAUAUAUGAAUAUAUAUUAUUUUUGUUUGAAUUAAUAUUUAAUAUUUCAUCCUCUGCAUGACAAAAUGAUGUCUUUUCCCCUCUAUUUAAAAAAGAACUAAUACUUAAAAUUCAUUUAGCAGCCUCAGCAUUGUUUCUGUAAAUUUAAGGAUGGAAAUGUUUAAAUUAUGUUUUUGUUAUUUGAAAUGGUACUUGUCACAAUGGAGAUUAUUAAAGAAUAGUACUGUUUAUGUUUUAUAUUUUUUAUAGAUCUUGAUUUAAGUGUUGUUGUCUUUUUUCAUAGUUGUAUUGUUUUUUUUUUUUUUGUUUUUUUUUCUUAUUUUGAAAACUAACUUUCAAACUGUGAUGGGGGUUCAAUUUAAGUGGAAGUCCGGUGUGAAAAAUGUUGACUUGUGCUGUCGGGAAACAAUAAAAACUGCUUUCAUGUUUUUGUA